AUGGCGGACGGCGAGGUAACUUUGCAGUUCGUGCGGAAUCUCGCGGAGUCUGUGGGGCCGUUGAUUCUCGAAGGCUUUGGCUGUGGCACCCGCUGCAAAACGGGGAGCGAAGCGAAGACGAAGGCCUCCGCAGCGGAUCUUGUGACAGAAUUUGACACGGGAGUUGAGGAACGGCUGAAAGCCAUGAUUCAAGAAGCGUUUCCGCAUCAUGCCUUUCUUUGUGAAGAAUCUGCGACUGCCGACCAACGCCUCACGGAUGCACCAACUUGGAUUAUUGAUCCUGUGUGUAUUGGUAGCGCUGCAGCUACUUCCGCCGAGUUUCUUUGUUGCUAUCGUAUUGACGGCACGACAAACUUCGUUCACGGCCUUCCCUUUACGUGUGUCUCGAUCGCCUUUGCAAGAGACAAACGCGUCCUCAUCGGGGUCGUCUUUUCGCCUGUGACGAAGGAGCUUUUCAGCGCGGAAAGAGGCCACGGUGCCACACUCAACGGGGCCCCUUUGAAGGCGUCCAGCUGCACCGAAGUCGGGAAGGCUCUGGCCUGCGUAUCCUUUGGGGUGUCUACGCUUCGACAACUUACAGAGACAACCGAUGAAACGCGGCUCAGCUACCUUCGCACGUUUCAGGAGUCCGUGCUUAGCAACGUUAACUUUGUAACGACCCACUGCCGGGAUAUCCGACACUUCGGCAGCACAGCCCUAGAACUUUGCUACUUGGCUGCUGGGCGGCUUGACUGCGUUGCGACAUUCGGGCCAAAGGAAUGGGACAUGGCUGCUGGCAGUCUCAUCCUUGAGGAGGCGGGGGCCGUUUGCAGUGACAUGCGUGGCAACCAGCCGGUGAGCAGCUGCAUGGGUGGCACCUGUUGCAGGAGCGUCGAUUGUGGCUGCCAUUGCUACAAUAUCGAUGUUGCUGCAUAUGCUGCUGCUGUUGCUUCCAUCGCUUCUCGACUGGACCUCUCAAAACACCAGGUGCUGGCUGCAGCAACUCCAGAGUUGCUGAAAGCUUUCGCGGCGAACCUGAAGUGCCCUUGCUGA